UUUCCGUGAUAGGCAGAUAAUUCGUUAUAACAAGGUAAUCGAUGCUCCUCUGUUACCGGGCACCUCGUCCUGACUGGCGCUGUUCCAUUGGAGCCUGCGUGGAACUGGACGCUCCUGAGAAAGAAAUGGAGAUAUACCUCAAUGCUACAAUGUACAAAAACAUAACAGACAUAACCAUGGCGAACGGAAGUAACCAAUCAGAGAGCGACAUCGAGGCGGACCCGCUGUUCCGAAUUUCCACGCUGAUCUGGGUUUACACCUCCCCCAUCCUGUUACUUACCGGCACAGUAACAAAUACCCUGUCGAUAUGCGUGCUGCAGAGAAAAGCUCUAACCAAACAGACCACCACAUUCUACCUGACCGUUCUAUCAUUUAUCCAUCUGUUCGUGCUUUAUUUUGGACUAGGAACGGCGUGGCUCAAGCGUGCUUUUGACUUUGACAUCCGGCUUCAGUCCGAUUGUCUGUGUCAGUUUGUUACGUUCGUCGUGAACGUCUUCCUUAACAUGUCCGUAUGGACGCUUGUCGCGGUCACUAUAGAUCGUUGUAUUAUCGUGUGUCUACCGCAUCACUCUCAAACGCUCUGCAGACUCAAGUACGCAAAGUGCACCGUAGCCGCCAUCUUUGCUUCAGUUGCUCUAGCAAACAUACACAUAUUUUGGGGAGUGUCAUUAAGCAAAACUAGUGAUAGUUCCCAAAAGGAGUGUACCCACGGCAACUACUUUAACGAGUUUGUGUUUCCUUGGAUUUCUCUGACCGUGGGUUUUCUCCUACCAUUUACUACAAUGGUCAUAACAAACAGUUUUAUCGUUCGAGGUGUGUAUGCCUCCCAAAAACGCUUGGCUUAUCAGUACAGCACGACCUCGGGGGGUAGUUGGAACAAGUUAUCAGCCAACAGCGACAGAUACCCACCCCACGGAAACAGAUCCCCACCCCACAGGGACAAGCUCUCCAGCCUGACCACCAUGCUGCUGGCGAGGAACGCCACCUUCCUAAUCCUGACCCUGCCCAUCAUGAUAUUUCUGAUCGUGGAGCCGUACUACGUGUCUGAGGAUCAGGACAGCGCCGCGCUCUAUCUGACUUGGGCCAUCGUCAACAUAUGUGAUUACUCCGAUCACGCCAUUAACUUCUUCCUUUAUUGCCUGGCCGGAUCAACUUUCCGUAAAGAGUUACGUAACAUGCUGAGGCCUGUGACACGACACACGGCUAGAUGACACCCCCCCCCCCCCCCCAUUGUCUUCCAAACGUUGAUGGCGGAGAGUGAACAUAACAAAAUCUAUAGAUAUGACCCCCUCCCUUCUGCAUCCCAAAAUCAAUGGCUGAGCAAAUAAAGCAAAAUUGAUAAUGGUUAUAAUCAUUAGUCUUGUGUUGCCUCAAGGCCGAGUCCCGGGGGUCCAUUAUCUUGCCAAUCACAGUAGGGUGAUCUAUGACAAAAUUAAAGUCAUCCCUCCCGUGGAUUAUCAUCAGUGCUGUUUGAAGGGAGGCAUACAGGAUGUUUGAAUAAAGACUGCAAACAAUUCAACAGGAUUAACCGAUAUUUGAACUUAAAAACAAUCUGUCUAUCAAUCUUUCAUGAGCUUCAGGCUAUUAGUGAUAUGAUAAAAUUAUGCAAAAAGUUCCCAGUUUGAAUUACACUUAUUGAUUGAUUGGUAAGUGGAAUAGUAAUGACCCUUAAUCAGGUCUAGGCAACCUCCGUUUUUGGAGGAUAGAUUUUAUUCUCCAAAAUUGGAGGAUAGAUGUUUGCGCCCCCUGGUGAAUCUUCUGAGAUGAAGGGCAAUUAACUCUGUUUUUACAAAGGGAGUUAACUAUGAAUAAAAUAUAAUUAUUAGACAAUAAAAAUAUCACCUUAUUAAGCUUUUAAUAAUUAUAUUUAUUGAUAAUAUUUAAUAAAUAUUUAAGUUUAAAUAAUUGCAGGGCUUAUUUUAAAGAAAGUAUUUUAUGUGAAGACUCAUAUUUUUUUUCAAUAUUCAGGAUAAUUGAUAUCUAUAAAUGGUAUCAUUUUGAUUAAUAAAAUUUAACAAUGUCUUUUUGUGUGAAGGGGAUUAAAUUUAAAUGAUACUUAAUAACCUGUGAAUUAAUUAGAAUAAGAGCUACAAAGUUCCUAAGGUAUAUGCAAACAUUUACUUUGUACAUGUACAAUAUAGCAGAUCAAGAUAUCUAUUAUGUGUCUCUAAACGUGAAUGAAGUCAUUAAUGUUUUAAUGAGGAAUAAACAUCACUAUUUUGUGAUUUUGAUUAAAUGAAACAGAUGAAUAGUCUAUGCCAUUUGUAAAACUGAACACAGGAAGUACACACUUUCAAAGCAUAUUGUGAAAAUACUAUACAUAGAAUUUCAAAUCGCUGCAUACAAUCAUUAGUUUAUUUCCUUAACUUUAUUUCCCAUAUGGUCUGGUGCUUGCAUUUUUUCAUUAAAGAUA